GCUGUCAACGCACUUUCCUGCGGUGCUUGAGCGCGGUGUUGGUGUUGGUGCUCGUCCUGCAGUCGCAAAUGUCGAUUCUUUCAGAGUUUCGACUCGACAAUUAACCGAAUUAAGGGUGUAUAUAAUGUCUGACACGGAGUGAUCGCCGCUCCGCCGUGCAUCAAUGCACACAGCGCUGAUUUUCCGAUCGCGUCGCAAUUCAAUCGUGCGAGCGAUGCGCGUUUGUUUCAAAGUGUAAACAAAUCGCCGUCACCAAGUGUGGUGCAAUUGUGCGGCGAGUAACGCCUAAUUACCGUUGCUAGCGGAGGCCACACCAGCAUGGAGAACGGCAGCGCUGUCGCCGACGACGACCGGCAUUCCAUUCUUGGCGACGCCAAACACAAGAUACUCGGACAGAUGAAGAACCAGUUCAAUAGUUCUUCAGUUGGUGGAGCGUCUUCUUCAGAGAACGAUUUGCUCAUUGACGAGGAGGAAGACACCACUGACACGGACAGUACUGAGAAACCUGAUAAGACCGUCAAGGAGCUGGUGAAACCAGAGAGUGAAAAGUCUACGGAUGAAAGUGAGUCCACUGAAGAGGUGAAACCUCCAAUUAUUUUAAGCUUUCGCAAACAAGCAAAAGGUACAAAGUCAAAAAUGACGACACGAUCAGCUAUACACCGCGGUGUAGAAGUAGAAAAGAAAAGUUCUGAGCAUGACAGUGAAUCCGAAGGUUUGAAACGCUCCACACGUCGAAGAAGUAAAGAUUGUAAUGAAUCCGUUCUACAAUCAGCAAUUGCAAGGAAAGAGAAGUCAUAUAAUGAGACAUCAAAGCCACAACGGCUGACAAGACAACUAAAACCCACGCAGAAGAUUCUGGAUAAUAUUGCGGCAGCUGCCAAGGAUAAAUCACCACCAAAGAAAGAGAAAAAGCGCAAGACAAUCGCGGAAAACACGCGAAAACGCAAGAGCGAUGUAAGUUCAGAGUACGCAGAAUCAAAAUGUCGGCGGUCCGGACGACUAACACAAAACUCCGUCACGAAUAACAGCGAAAGCGAUUCGGAUACGAAACCACACGAAGAAAUCAACGGCGUUGAAGAAGAGCAAGAUUUCACGUCGCAUUUGGAUGCGGAUAGUGUCACGGCGCAGUUGAUUGCGUCCAGAUUAUGCGUGUGUACUAGUCCUACAAAAUACACACCGCUUUCUGAAUCGAGUAUUUUCUGCAAUGGUUUGGAUAGUAUUAACAACAGACUGAUCGGAUGCAAUAAUAGUGUAUGUAAGGAAAGCGCAUGGAUGCUACGACCGUCUACUAGGGUACCCUACAUGGUUCUCUGCAAAUUACACCGACAAAGACUACGAGACCACCAUUGUUGUGCGAUGUGCGGUGUUUUUUGCACGCAGGGUGGUUUCUUGCAAUGUUUAAACAAACAUCUCUACCAUAAGAACUGCAAGCUAUCAAUCGGCGCGCUUGAAUGUUGUCCGCACUGCGGCGCCACCGACAAGCAUCUGAGCGUGACGAUCACGAUGAAAACUGACUCGCCGCCGGUGUACACCGCUUCACAGUGCGUCGGAUCUGACCGAAACCCACCUAAGAAACUUACUCCCAAGAAACCAGCAACGGGCGAUUCAAAGAAUGCGGCGAAAUCAGCGGAGAAAAAGGUGUUUAAAGAGUACUAUGAUGAUUUGAAAGAAGAAAAGUAUGAUGAGGAUGAAGAUGAAAUGGAAAUUAUGGCGCUGGAGCAGAAAACACGGCUGCAAAUCAAGAAGGAAGUUGAUGACUUGGACGAGGAACAAGAUGCGCCGUUGAUUACUUGUGAUGAUGAGUUGGAGGAGCUGGAGAAGUUGGAAAUGCAGCAGUCGAAUGACACAGAGCGAGGUGGAACUCCACAUAGUAUUCAUGAGUUGUUUGAGGCGAUUAAAAAUGGUUUAUAUGCUGAAGUAGCGACACUUUUAGGUGAAACUGAUCUCAACUUAUCACAACUAAUAAAAUAUCCGGAAAACAACGAUGAAAAUCAUGAUGAAGCCGAUUGUGGCACCGUCCUGCACUAUGCCGCCAUGAACGGCUUUGUGCCUAUUAUGCACAUGCUCAAAAUUGCUGAUAUGGAUCUCAACUUGCCAGACAGCGAGAAUAAUACACCGCUUAUGGUUGCAAUCUCGCAUUUUCAAUCGGAAGCAGUUAAAUAUUUCACUACUGCUGGUGCUUCUGUAACGGCAAAAGGCACCGAUGGUAUGACAGCGUUACACUUAGCAUGCAAAUGUGGUAAUUUGCAAGCAACAAAAGAAUUAUUACUAGCUGCAGCGCACAUAAAAGGUUAUAUUGAUUGUCAGGAUGACGGCGGAUGGACGCCAUUAGUCUGGGCAUGUGAACAUAACCAUGUUGAUGUUGUGAAACUUUUGCUUAGCGAAGACGCAAACCCGCAGAUUGCGGACGUUGAAGGAAAUGUUGCACUGCAUUGGGCCGCGUUUGGUGGGAGUAUUGCUAUUGUAGAGUUGAUUUUAAACUUUGGAGGAAAAGUUGAUAGUGUUAAUGAUCAAGGAGACACUCCUUUACAUAUCGCAGCGCGUCAUGAUAACUACAAUUGCGUGAUGGUUUUUGUCACGCGCGGCGCCAGUUUUGCUAUAAAGAACGAUAACGACGAGACAGCGUUGGAUUGCGCACCUGCCGGAAGCAAAAGUCAUCAGACGCUGGUGGUAAACAACAAGUUAAAGGUUUUAAUCAAUAAGAAGUGAAUAUAACGAAGCCAAAGAUAGAGAAGACAUGAAAUAUCAAUUAAUGUAUAUGAAUUUCUUUUAAUAUUAGCAUGUAUCAUGUUUCGGAUUCGAUUUUACUGCCAUUAUGAUAAGUUGUUAUCGUUUUCAUUCGAAUAGUUGUAUAAUUGUAUUCGAAUUUUAAAUUCAGUCAGUAUAUAAGCAAUACAAUAUUUAUUAGUAUGCA